AUGUCGAAAACCAAGUCUGCCGAUAAGACUGCAAAGUCGUCGAAGACUGAUGCAUUGUCCAAGACAAAAGACGUAGGCGUGAAAAAGUCUACAAAAGAUGUUAAGCCGAAGGAUGUCGCUAAGGUGAGCGAGAAGGACGAAAAGAAGUCCAAGAAAGAGAAGAAGGACAAGAAGAAGGUUAAAGAGCCUACACCUGAGCCUGAAUCCUCUUCAGAGAGUGAUUCUUCCGAAAGCGAGGUCGAGACGAAGAAGCCAGCCGCCAACGGCAAAGUCAACGGUACUAAGAAAGCUGCCGCCAAGGACGAUUCUAGCGAUGAGAGCGAUGCUGACACCUCUGACGAGUCUGCCUCUUCCGAGGACGACAAAUCUGCACCAAAGAAAGUUGGCGUCGCAGCCAAGACCAAUGGCGCAAAGGUUCCUGCCAAGAAGGACGAGAGCGACGACUCCGCUUCCGAUUCCUCUGAAUCCUCCGACGAGGAGGACGCUCCUACCGGUGCUGUGUUAGGUCAAGCUCCCCCAGUUGAUCAAGUGGAUUCUUCAGAUGACGACGAUAGCAGCGAAGACGAGAAGUCAGCAAAGCCUAGUGGCGUGAAGGUCGCAGCCAAGAACGAUGAGUCUGAGGACGACAGCGAUAGCGAAAGUUCCGACUCUAGCGAGGAUGAAGCAGAAAAGAAACCAGCCAUGAAAGCCAACAAGCGCAAGGCCGAAGAAGAAGCCGAACCAGUUACCAAGAAGGCAAAGACAGACACUGCCGCUAGCGGCGAACCGGGCAAGAAGAACUUGUUCGUCGGCAAUCUAUCAUGGAACAUAGAUGAAGCAUGGCUUCGAGAGACCUUCGAGGAGCAUGGUGAGUUGUCAGGUGUUCGCGUUAUGUAUGAUAAGGCCACACAACGUGCCAAAGGUUUCGGCUAUGUGGAGUUUGUCAACGCAGACGACGCUGCCAAAGCUUACGAAGCCAAGAAGGGAUUUGAGCUUGAUGGCAGAGCGAUCAACCUCGAUUGGGCAAGUGUCAAGCCUGAUAACCGAGAGCAGCAAGAUAACCGACGAAAGAGCUACGGUGAUCAGCUAAGUGAGCCAACGGAUACUCUCUUUGUUGGCAACCUAUCGUUCGACGUUGGUCAGGAGCAGGUCUCAGAGGCGUUUACACCAUAUGGCACAAUCUUGAGUGUUCGUCUUCCGACCGAUCAGGCUACGGGCAGUCUUAAGGGAUUUGGCUAUGUUACAUUCCAGAAUGUCGAGGAAGCUGCUGGCGCCCUCGAGGCUAUGCAAGGUGCCUACAUCUCCAAGAGACCAAUUCGUCUCGAUUACAGCCAGCCACGACCACCAAGAGAAGAAGGUGGAGGCUUCGGUGGUGGACGAGGCCGUGGCGGAUUUGGUGGUGGUCGUGGCAGAGGCGGUGAUCGAGGAGGUCGUGGUGGUCGAGGUGGCUUCGGAGGUAGAGGUCGUGGAGCUCCUCGAGGUGGUCGUGGAGGCAGCACCAACCGAGGAGGAUUUGGCGACUUCAAAGGCCAGAGACAGACCUUCGACUAA